AUGGAGGGCGGAGCUACACCGCUCACCGCGCUCAAACUCCGUACCCAAUGCACCACCCCCAGCAAGCACAGAAUCAGCUCAUCGUCUAGUUCACUCUCGAGCUUGUCAUACCCGCAAAUCCCUUCGCGCCGUUCGUCUCUUUCUGCGAGCGUGGAAUACGAUUCGAGCGAAUUAGAAUACGAUUCGAGCGAGUUGGCGACGUCGACCAGAACCCCGUCUCUUAGUGAUAGUCUUUACAAGAUCGAUGUAGUGAAGAUCCGCCAAGAACACGUGGCUUCUCGCCAUAUUCGCAAGGCUGGUCUUGACGUGAAGGAAGACCCAUUUGUCGACAAUACACCACGACGCCGUGUUAAUCGUCGAGUGGGGCUUAUGACACAGAGUGGAUAUCAAUUAGCGCCACAACUGCUUGUUCGCUGGAGCUCUGGUUCGUAUGGUGCUCUAGAGCCAUGUCUCUCGUCCAAGUCGACCUCGGGUUCUAGCCUAAUGGAGCCUCCAGAAGAUUCAGCCUUGAGACGGAAAUGCAGAAUGGAUAGCACCCAGUCGUUAUCAAACUUCAUGCCUCAAGGUCCCUCCAGAUUGCUUUGUCCGUUGGAGCUCCCUGUCACGUUUGCCAGUAUGAGAUCUUACGCAGGUGGGCCGUACAUGGGUAUAGAUUCCAUGUUUUUGUGGGCCUCAGUAAUUAUAUCGGCUGACGUCGAGCCCAUCUCUUUGCCUGAGACCUCGGGUCUUGCAUCUCUUGAUGUGAUUAUCUUGUUCGACAGCUUGCAACAAACUUCUGUGAGCAUUUUGACUCCCAUGGUCUUGGCAUCAUCAGUGCUUGCCUCGAACUUGAGUACCAACCGUGACCGGAUAGCCAUGGCAUGUGUUGACGGGAGUGCGAGAAACGGGUAUGAGCUCUUGCUUCCGCUGGGGUUCCACUCCUUUGAAACGUCAAGAUCUGCUCUGAAUGACUUCGCUCUGCGUCAAUUGAAGAAGAAACCGAAAAGGUAUUCUAACCUGAGUAAGUCCAUUCAACAGGUAUCUCAACUAUUUCAUCCCUCUCCAAGAGCAGCGUUUUGCCAUUUGCUGUUGAUCUCCGCGGAUCCACCAGAAACCCUAUUUAUAUCCGGCGUUGACCCUGCCAUUGGAUUCCAUACUAUUUCCCCUCAACUCUCAUUUCCACUUGCCACAGCACACCACCCACUUGGCUGGCACAUCUUUUAUGAUGCGAACGCGGACGAUCCACGAUCCAGUGAAGUUCAUUUUAUGCGAAAGGUCUCCAAAGUUGUUCGGCAGCUUCGUACCGGCCUCAACCCCGGAAUCAUCUCCAAUCUGAGACUAUUUUUGGAUCAGGGCUACGGAUGCCAGUUCGAGUCCGCAAUGGAAGACUCCCAUUUGGCACGGUUACGGCCAGGAGAGACUUGGACAACGAAAGUAAAAAUUGGUGUGCCGAUCGAGUUCUACCAAGAAACUCAACUAACUGGACAUCCCAUCCUCGAAAAUCUAAUCAGUCAAAUCAACUGUGUUCUGAAAGCAUAUUCUUCCCAACCGACUGCCCAACAUGUUCUCAGUGCGCGUCUGAGAUAUCAUCACUCUCUGCUUCCGACAUCGCAUGAUAUUUGCUUGGAAACCCAUUGCACCAUUUCGCGCACUCCGGAUGUGCCAUUUCGUCUUCCGAGCGUCAACGACAAAGAUUCGCGGCUAGUUUCGUAUGAACUUGAUGAUGAAGCUAUCAGUAUCAGCUUGGGGUCGGCAAGCGAGUGCAGUUGA